AGCUGUCAUUUGUAAUAUAGCCCGAGCGAGCGAGCAGAGAGAAUGCUAGUGCCAGAGCGCAAGAGAGAGUGAGUGAAGGUUGUUGUUGCUGGUGCUAGUGCCAGAGCGCAAGAGAAAGAAGUAAAUAAGAAAACCCUCUAACCUUAGAAAGAAAUGCUUAUUUUCUGCUACGGUGAACAGUAAAGCCUGUUAGUUUUCUUCUUGACUCUCUGGAUGCACAAAUGGAAAUCAUAAAGUUUGCAUUUUGUGACAAUUUAUUGCGAAAUCAGUCUUCUUAAACUUGCUCUAGUGUUUCGCAUCUCAAGCUUGACUUACUUUGCUGGAUCUGUGUACAAGAAGCUGAGAAUUAGGGUUUUAUUUGCAAGGGUUUAGGGUUUUUGUUAAGUCACUUCUAGGUAUUUUAUAGUUCAUCAGACUGAUGAGUAUUUAGGGCUUUAUAGUGAGACUUGCAUUGGCUAUAUUGGGAAAUUUGGGUGCCUUUGAGUAUAAUAUUCAAUCGCUGCACUGGAGCGUUUAGGGGUAUCGGGGACUAUGUCUUCCUUAAGCAGGGAACUGGUGUUUCUGAUCUUGCAGUUCUUGGACGAGGAGAAGUUCAAGGAAACUGUUCAUAAGUUAGAGCAAGAGUCUGGUUUUUUCUUCAAUAUGAAACAUUUUGAGGAUCAAGUUCAGGCUGGUGAAUGGGAUGAGAUUGAGCGAUAUUUAUGUGGAUUCACGAAGGUUGAAGAUAACCGUUACUCUAUGAAGAUAUUCUUUGAAAUAAGAAAGCAGAAAUAUUUGGAGGCUCUUGAUAGACAGGAUCGGGCAAAGGCUGUUGAGAUUCUUGUUAAGGACCUGAAGGUUUUUGCAUCCUUCAAUGAAGAACUUUUCAAGGAAAUAACUCAGUUGCUUACACUUGAUAAUUUCAGGCAAAAUGAGCAGCUUUCGAAAUACGGGGAUACAAAAUCGGCUCGAAAUAUCAUGCUUGUCGAACUUAAAAAGCUGAUUGAAGCAAACCCGCUGUUUCGAGACAAGCUUACUUUCCCACCCUUCAAAAGUUCGCGACUUAGAACGUUAAUAAACCAGAGUCUUAAUUGGCAGCAUCAACUUUGUAAGAAUCCUCGUUCAAACCCUGACAUCAAAACUCUAUUUAUUGAUCAUUCUUGCACUCCUACAACUGCUAAUGGGGCUCAUCCACCCCCUCCCUCGAACACCCCCCUUGUGGGACCGAUUCCUAAGGCUGGGGCAUUCCCUCCGAUUGGAGCCCAUGGCCCAUUUCAACCUGUUGUUUCCCCAACUCCGGGUGCUAUUGCUGGUUGGAUGUCGGCCAAUAAUCCUUCUUUACCACACCCUGCUGUGGCAGCAGGCCCCCCUACUCUUGUGCAGCCUUCUAGUGCAGCUGCAUUCUUGAAACACCCAAGGACUCCCACAGGAAUGACAGGAAUGAAUUAUCAGUCAGCUGAUUCAGAACACUUGAUGAAGCGGAUGCGCCCUGGCCAAUCUGAAGAGGUUUCCUUUUCUGGUAUAGCACAUACUCCCAAUAUCUAUUCCCAAGACGACCUUCCCAAAACUGUUGUACGGACCCUUAACCAAGGAUCCAAUGUCAUGAGCAUGGACUUUCAUCCACAGCAUCAAACCAUCCUGCUAGUUGGGACAAAUGUUGGUGACAUUAGCCUUUGGGAAGUUGGCUCCCGGGAAAGGUUGGCACAUAAACCUUUCAAAGUUUGGGAUCUCUCUGCUUCUUCAAUGCCACUGCAGACAGCAUUGUUGAAUGAUGCUGCAAUAUCUGUAAAUCGAUGUGUGUGGGGGCCAGAUGGACUAAUGCUUGGUGUUGCAUUUUCGAAACAUAUAGUGCAAAUAUAUACUUACAAUCCGACUGGAGAACUGAGGCAGCAUUUAGAGAUUGAUGCCCAUGUCGGUGGUGUGAAUGAUAUUGCAUUUGCUCAUCCCAACAAACAACUAUGCAUUGUCACAUGUGGUGAUGACAAGAUGAUUAAGGUUUGGGAUGCUGGAGCAGGAGGCAGACAAUAUAUAUUUGAAGGCCAUGAAGCGCCUGUGUAUUCAUUGUGUCCCCAUUACAAAGAAAAUAUCCAGUUUAUUUUUUCAACAGCAAUUGAUGGGAAGAUUAAAGCUUGGCUAUAUGAUUCUUUGGGAUCUAGAGUGGACUAUGAUGCUCCUGGACUUUGGUGCACCAUGAUGGCAUAUAGUGCAGAUGGGACUAGGCUCUUCUCUUGUGGAACAAGUAAAGAAGGUGAAUCUCACCUAGUUGAGUGGAAUGAGAGUGAAGGAUCUAUCAAACGAACAUAUUUGGGUUUCAGGAAGCGUUCUUUAGAUGUUGUUCAGUUUGACACAACAAGGAGCCACUUCUUAGCUGCUGGUGAUGAGUUUCAAAUUAAGUUUUGGGAUAUGGAUAAUACAAACAUGUUGACAGCUGUUGAUGCAGAUGGGGGGUUGCCUGCUAGUCCUAGACUGAGAUUUAACAAGGAAGGUUCAUUGUUGGCAGUCACAACUAGUGACAAUGGUAUUAAAAUUCUAGCCAGUAGUGAUGGAUUGCGCUUGAUAAGGAUGUUGGAGAGCAGGGCUAUUGAUAAAAGUCGAAGCCCGUCAGAACCAAUCAACUCUAAGCCUCUGAUUGUUAACGCACUAGGCUCUGUGGCAAAUGUUUCUUCUGGCCUCGCAUCAUCACUGGAACGCUCAGAUAGAAUCCAGCCUGCAGUUUCUAUUGGCAAUCUUGGUACCAUGGACAACAGUAGGCUUGUUGAUGUUAAACCUAGGAUUUCAGAUGAUACAGACAAAUUGAAAAGCUGGAAGAGUGAUAUUGUAGAUUCAUCUCAGCUAAAAGCUUUGCGGUUGCCUGACUCCAUAGUCGCUGGCAAGGUUGUGCGGCUGAUUUAUACUAACUCAGGGCUGGCUUUAUUGGCCCUUGCCUCUAAUGCUGUCCACAAGCUGUGGAAAUGGCAGCGCAGUGAAAGAAAUCUGACAGGAAAGGCUACUGCAUCAAAUGCACCACAGUUGUGGCAGCCUCCUAGUGGAACUCCCAUGACUAAUGAUAUAAAUGAGAGCAAACCAGCUGAAGAAUCUGCUGCAUGCAUUGCACUAUCCAAAAAUGAUUCUUAUGUCAUGUCUGCCUCUGGUGGGAAGGUCUCUUUGUUCAACAUGAUGACAUUCAAGGUCAUGACAACAUUUAUGUCCCCACCUCCUGCAGCCACUUUUUUAGCAUUCCAUCCUCAAGAUAAUAACAUUAUUGCAAUUGGCAUGGAGGAUUCUACUGUGCAAAUAUAUAAUGUCAGAGUUGAUGAGGUCAAAACUAAACUCAAGGGCCACCAGAAUCGAAUAACAGGACUUGCUUUUUCACAGAGUUUAAAUGUGCUGGUGUCUUCUGGGGCUGAUGCACAGUUGUGUGUCUGGAGCAUUGAUGGAUGGGAGAAAAAGAAAAUGAGGUUCAUUCAAGCACCACCUAGUCGUCAAUCCCCUUUGGUAGGCGAAACUAGAGUCCAAUUUCAUAAUGACCAAGCACAUUUGUUGGUUGUCCAUGAAAGCCAAAUUGCCAUCUAUGACAGCAAACUUGAAUGUUCGCGCUCAUGGUCUCCUAAAGACACCCUUGCGGCUCCCAUUUCAAGUGCAAUAUAUUCAAGUGAUGGUUUCUUGGUUUAUACGGGUUUUUGUGAUGGUGCUGUCGGAGUUUUUGACGCGGACAGCUUAAGAAUCAGAUGCCGAAUAGCACCUUCUGCUUAUAUACCUUCACACCCUGCAGGCAGCACUGCCUAUCCUUUGGUUAUAGCUGCUCAUCCAUCUGAGCCCAAUCAGAUUGCACUUGGUAUGAGUGAUGGUGCAGUACAUGUGGUUGAGCCAUCUGAUGUGGAGAUGAAGUGGGGUGGCCCAUCCUCUCAAGAUAACGGGACCCUUCCGUCUAAUACAUCGAAUCCUUCUCCAAGUGGUCACCUGUCAGAGCUCCCUUCCAGGUGAUGGAGCAUUGUUGGGCAGUUGUAACCACCAGGACGACGAAUACUAUGGAAAACUUGCUCAAUUUUAGUAAUUGUCAUUUUUUUUCCCUUGCGUUAAUAGUUUGUUUGCAUUUAAUCAAGGUCUGAUAUUAAUAUUCAUUAUCCCCUUCUUUUAUCUUCUACUGGGGCCAUCUUGCUGUUUGAGGUUUGAAAGGAAUUUGUAUAUUUUUGUCGCCCCUAAAAUGAUGCAAGACAAGAGGCUUUGCCCCCGCAGCUCUGGAGGUUUUACAAUAGGGUGGUUAAGACAGAAAUAAUAAAGAAGUAUUUAACGAGGAAUGGUGAUGAUGAAAAUGAAUAUAAUGAAGGCUACAGUGAUGACAGUUUGAUAAUUCAAUAUAGUCUCGAGGGGAUUUACUAAAAUGGAGAUGUUGAUUCCAUGAUCAGCCAAGAUAAAGGCAUUGAGUUGUAUACCUUUGAACAAGUGAUUUGCUGACAAGUUUAUUAUAGAAGGGAGGAGUAGCACCUCAUUUUCAACUGUCAGAGUUGUAGUCAGUUCUUCCCGUUAAAUGGCCCUGACGAUAAGCUUUGCUUUUGGACAAUAGCUUUUAAAAGAUUGUGGCGUGCAUGUUAGAAAGGUUUGUCGAGAAGUAGGAGAAUGUACGAGGUUGUCUUCGAUGUUCAAAGCAAGUUAAGAGCCAGCUAAUGAUGGUGCUCCUUCCUUCGAUGAAUGAAACUCUAGCGAAGGCAAGUUUCGAAGAUAACUUGGUUGAUGAUGCAUGCUGUCGAACAAGCAGAUAGUUGGGAAGCACAGUUCUUCGCACUUUCUUUGCAAAGGACGAGCAAUAUAUAUAUGCUUAAAUCAAUAGGCUCACUUUAUUUCAAGAGUUUAUAUUUUAUUGUGCCAGCUAUAUUACCCUCUUCUUACACUUUAAAAUUAUCGAUUAAUGUUUUUCUUC